AAAACACACGCGGAGAUUCAUACAACAUAGAACCUUUAAUACUCAUAGUUGAUUCGUAUUUCUAGAAAAUUAUCUAAUUCCAAGACAAACUUGAUUUCAGAACCCAGAGAUGGUGUUGGGACGGGUACAGGAGAUGGCUUAAAGGGUUGAAACAAAAAUACCUUUACUUAUCUUACACUGCCAACAUGUCCUCUCAUAUACCAGAAUCUGAGAUAGGGAUUCAUGAAAAGUCUAGUUUGUGCCUACCUGGGUUGGCGGGAGAGAUCAAGGUACCAGGUGGACCUGGAGAAAUAUCCGCUCCUGCAACUCCAGGAGAACCUCUCUCUCAGCUCCAUCAUAAAAACAAGGAUCAUUUUUGUGGAUCUUUUGCCUUGAUGAAUAGAAUGCGCUUGCACGGUCAACUCUGUGAUGUUGUUUUGCGUUCCUUAUCUACCUCAGUACAGGCUCAUAGAAUAGUUCUUUCCUCUGCCAGUCCGUACUUUCAUGCGAUGUUUAAUGAUGAUCUAGCGGAGAAGAGUCGUCAUGAGGUUGUGAUCCAUGAUGUUGAUCCUCUAGCUCUCACUCUCCUUGUAGACUUUGCAUACACAGGAGAGAUUGUCGUUACAGAGGAAAAUGUUCAGGUUUUACUUCCUGCCUCAAGUCUUCUUCAGAUGCACUCCGUUCGAGAAGUAUCCUGUAAAUUUNAUUGUAUUGUAUUGUAUUGUAUUGUAUUGACGUUUGCGGAUACUCACGCGUGUCAGGAGUUACAGAAACGAUCUCACAAGUUCGCCCUACAAAACUUUCAAGAAGUCAUGAAUACAGAAGAGUUCCUUCUCCUGCCAUAUCAACAGGCUGAUGAGUUAAUCUCCAGUAGUAACCUGAACGUAGAUAAGGAGGAAAAGGUUUUCCAGGCCUGUGUAUCCUGGAUAAAACAUGAUCCUGGAUUAAGAAAGCAGUAUGUUUACAAGCUGCUAAAACAUGUCAGGUUGCCUUUAAUCUCUCGACAGUUUCUGAUGACUCAUGUAGACUCCGAGCCCUUGGUUCGAGAGAAUGCUGAGUGCAAGGAACUGCUCCUUGAAGCUAUGCGAUAUCAUCUUCUACCAGAGCAGAGAACCUCCCUGGUAUCCUAUAGAACAACCCAGAGACAACCUGAAGGAGCUAAACCUUACCUCUUCGCAGUUGGCGGAGGAAGCCUUUUUGCCAUCCACUCCGAGUGUGAGGUUUACAAUCCCGUAGUGGACCGUUGGACGAGCAUAGCGAGUAUGUCAGUUCGGAGAUCUCGGGGUGGGGUCGGAGCAUUGGGAAACAUGUUGUAUGUGGUCGGAGGUUAUGAUGGAUCCAAUGAUCUAGCAACCGGAGAAUCCUAUAAUCCUCAAGCAAACAAGUGGAGCAAUAUAUCUCCGAUGGGGACUAAAAGAAGCUGCCUGGGAGUGAGCUGUCUGGACGGACUGCUCUACAGCUGUGGAGGAUAUGAUGGAGCCUCCUGUCUGAGUAGUGUAGAGAGGUUUGAUCCUCUGACCGGAGUCUGGACCUCAUGUCCUGCAAUGUCGACCAGGAGAAGAUACUGCAGGGUAACCGUCCUAGAAAACAGUCUCUACGCAAUGGGAGGAUUUGAUUCUACCAACUAUCAAUCUAGUGUGGAAAGAUUAGACCCAAGGAUGGGUAAGUGGAUGGCAGUACCAUCCCUGGCUAGCCGGCGGUCGAGCUGCGGAGUAACUGCUCAGGACGGAUAUCUAUACUGUGUCGGAGGAAACGAUGGAACAAUGUGUUUAGCAACAGGAGAGAGAUUUAAUCCCCGACGGAACAGCUGGGAAUCUAUUCCAAAUAUGCACAGCCGUCGGUCAACUCACGAGCUCUGCGCUAUAGACAACUAUAUAUUUGCUGUCGGUGGUAAUGAUGGUUCAUCCAGUCUUAACUCUGUAGAGCGAUAUGAUCCUCGUCUGAAUAAAUGGAUGUUGGUUACAGCAAUGGAGACAAGAAGAUCCUCAGUAGCAGCAACAGUUCUUACCUGUCUUAAUAUAGAGAAAUAUCUAUAGAUAAUAGAGAUAAUUAAACCUGAAAUAUCUAUAGAUAAUAGAGAUAAUUAAUCCUGAAAUAUCUAUAGAUAAUAGAGAUAAUUAAACCUGAAAUAUCUAUAGAUAAUAGAUAUAAUUAAACCUGAAAUAUCUAUAGAUAAUAGAGAUAAUUAAACCUGAAAUAUUAGAUAAUCAGAUGUAUCUAAACAGCGUACAUUUAUACGACCCCUAAAGUGCACUUUAAACGUUUAAACAAAGGAAAGUGCUCCGGGAAGUUCAUAUCGUUUUGAAAACUGUGGUAUUCCAAGUUUACAUUUUUUUCUGAGGGAUCUGUAUAUUAGCUGAAAUGUUUUAAAUGUAUUCGAUGUGAAUUUAUUCAAUCCAACCUGUUUGUCUUUCACAAGGAUAUCACUAGAAUAUCACAAGUAAUUCUUUUAUAAUGGAUAUCACUUAAGAAUUUUAUUUGCAAGAGAAUAAUAAGUAUUUAUAUCCUAAAGAUAUCACGUAUAUUCAAGUAAUAUUAUACCCAAAAAUGUGAAAGUUAUUUCUUUUACAAGAAUUUUGCAAGGAUUUUACAAUAAUGUCAAAAGUAAUUCUUUAACAUUGAUGUCAAAAUAUUUUUUCUUUCUGAAGGAUAUUACAAUUUUUUCACAAAAUUUCACAAUUAUGUUUUCACCAAUAUAUAUGAGAAGUAUUUUUUUGAUGAUGUUAAAAUAAUUUUUACUCAAAAAUCUUACAAUUAAAAUUUGAUCCGUAGAAUAUCUCCAAUUCUUCAUUCAGGGUUAUACAUCAUUAUCCUUGUGAUCAAUGAGAUUAAAUAACUUAGGAGAGGGGAAUAGAGUAUGUGUAAACAUUUUACUAUGACGUCUAAGGACAACUAGGAACUAUAGUUUGACCAAAACAACAGCAAAAAUGGUAAACCUACUCAGGAAUGCCGAGCUUGUGGAAUCAUUGGUAACUAAUUUCUUAGAAGUCUUAAUAUAUCACAGGUAGAUCAAAACCUUAUCAGGCUUGCUUGAGAUAUUUAGAUCUAUAUGUGUACAUUCAGACAUUUUCUAGCUAUGAUUUAGCUGUGACUUCCUCGCCUAGUUAGCCUAAAUCGCAGCUAUAUCACAGCCAAAAAAAUGUCUAACGAAUCGGAUAUCUAAGACGAGUAAAUGUAAUCUGAGUGUUAUACAAAUUUAGCGAAGACGACAUCUAACAUCGACAGCCCUGUAUAUCAAAAACUCUUUUGUUCUGCAUACCAAAAGAUUGAAUAAAAAUGUUUUUGUUA